CCUGCAACAAAAUGAAAUGAAAAACUAGUUUGAAAAAUUAUCGAUCGAUAAAACCAAAAAAUUAAACAAACAGAAAAAGAAGUAAAAAAUAGUAAACUCGCUGCGGCUUUAGUGUAGUUUUUUUUUGUUUUUUUUUUUUUCGUUUUUUGAAAACUUCCUUCUUUUGGAAAAACGAAACGACAAAAACAACAGACAGGCAUUUACUCCACAGAUAUUGCAUUCAAAAAAUAAAAAAAAUAAAAAAUAGAAAAAUCGGUUUAAAAAAAAGUGAAAAAAAAAACGAACGGAGACAGAGAAAACGCCCUCUCACAUGAAAGGAAAGAAUCGAGACACCUGGCAAACUUAAUUAAAUACCCGCACGCCUACCUAUAAUAGCUUCCUGAAAUUUCAACCAGCGCAAACACGAUGGCCGGCAACAUUGACGGUAGCAACGAUUUGAAUACAAUACACGACGAAGAUACGCUAAGGCACAUGUGGCAAGAAACGGAAGAUUUUGGGCGUAAGAAAGAGAUACGUUUACGAAUGUACAAAUUGCGUGAAGAACGUCUGAAAAGUUACUACAUUAAACGUGAAACCAACACCAGUACCAGCAGUAGUAGCAGCAGUCAUACAAAUAGUAAAUCAAUGAUUACUUCUUCACACACAGAUUCUCUGAAUGAUCGAGGUUUCAUGUCAGCCAAAACAAAUGAAAUUCGUGACUCAACAUCACCAGCAUUGGAGCUGCUAGGGCAAAAAACAUAUCAGUUGGAAACAAAAGUCACUAGUAAGAGCAAAACUACCGCUGAUGACAUAGUCUCUAAAGCAUACUCUACAAAAGAGAAUAACAUCCAGCAACAGCAGUAUUCUACUAGCCAGUGUAAUGUACUUGACAAACAAGUUGAAACAUCCUCUCACUUACUAGGCCAGUUUCAGAGCUCUUCAAUAACGGACAAUGUGACUAACAUACUCGAUACUGCGAGUAUACCACAUUCCAAUGAUAUCAGCAACCAAAUUGUCAAGAGUACAGUAACAACAGGUCAACAGUUGACUACUGAAAUGGAGAAGUCAUCCUGCAAAGAGCACAACUUACAGCAGCAGAGACAAAUAAUCAAUGAGAACGCAAAAAUUUUGUACAAAAGUCAGUGCGGAAUAAACAAUAGUGAUGAACAAAACUCCGCCUCAGAGCACACGUCUACAGAGAAAAUGAACAUACUAGUUGUCCCAACCAGGCAAAUUGAAAAAACAAACAGUAGCCACCAUCAUAUAAGCCAACAGCUUUCCGAUGAUACAAUUAAAAGGAGUACAACAACAGUUGUUAACCAUCACAUCAAUAUUGACAACAGCUAUCUUGAUAGUAGUGCAGCAACCAACGAGCACCAUAAUGUCAAUUUGUCAGUUGAUUUAGAUUGUGUGACACAACCAGCAGCUACUAAUGUGCAGAUAAGUAAAAUUUCUCAAGAUGUUAGCGCUACCCAUAAUGCAUUUGCCAGUUCUUUGCGUGCUAGUGCUAGUCCAAGCCCAACACCAAGCAGCGGAUUUUGCGUUAGUAGACAAGCAUCACCAUCACCCAAGUCUUCAACUGGACAUUCCAGUCCUGAAAAAACACCUAGAGUGAGCCCUGAAAAACAAGUUUACGACCAUAUUAGCAGUAAACUAACAGCCAGCUUUCGAAACCGUAUAGCUUCUACUAGUACUCACCACUCCUCGUCAUCAUCACACACACCUGGUGGUGCAGAAAAAGUUCUAUCAAUUCAACUGCAACCUUGUUUUACGAGCGAGUAUGAUUCUGAUGAUUCCAGCGCAACAUAUAAAAAGAUAGACACUGAGAUUAAAGUAGUUGACAAGAGAUCAUCCAAUGGUAUGCUUAAAACCUCACAUCGUCAACAGUUACAAAAGGAUAGUUAUGGCAAAUUACAACAAAAUAGGGAUUUGAUAGUAGCAAAUACUUCAAAACCAUCUGAGCAGGAAAUCAACAGAGACAAUAGCAGCUGCAACUUAUCUAGAAAUUCCAAAAUGCAGACGCAGACUCAAUCGAGACGCCAGUCAUAUCCUCCUCACAGGUCUGAUGGGGUUACACCGCAAGCAACACACACAGUUGAACAGAGGUCAUUUUCACAAAAUGUUCCUCAACAUGCGUUGAAGUUGAAUCCAGUAUGUACAUCUUCCUCAUCAAUUCAACGCAAUACUCGCAUAACUAGUAGAAAAAACAGUCAGGUGGAGAGAGACAGUAAGGAAAAUAAAACAUCAGAUAUGCAACAGAAACAGAAACAAAGGGAGUCCAGUCACAGUCCAACAAAGAGUAGUAUUGUUCACAAAGAUCACAAAGACAUGCAGAAAGGAACUCCUCUCAUAAGCUGCGUAGCAGCCAACCUUGACAAAAUUCCUAAUGACUCUGUUCCUAAAACAUUUACACCUACUGCUACUUUGAAGCCAAGACCUUCUCCCCAGAAAGGCGAGAUCAAAAAAUGUGCCACAUUACCUGCAAAAUCAAAAACACCCCCAAACUCCAAACUUACAAGCUCGCAAGAGAAUGAGAGUGAUACCUCAACAUCUAGCUCGAGCUCUACUUCAUCAUUAAGCGAUGAGAUGGAAAAUUAUGAUAGCAUUGGUGGUAGUGGCGUUACUAUUGAAGAGAUUAUCGAUGCUGAUGAUAACAAAGAAACACAGGUGCAACAACAAAAGAUUGGUCUUUUACAAUCCACAGUUCAUCAAAUGGUGAAACCAUUAUCCACCACAACGGGUACCCUACUCCCGCAAGAAUCAUCUCCAAUGUCUCACAAGCUAGAUGACAAGCAAAUCAAAAGCCUGGAAGAGAUUGAUGAUGAGCAGAAACAGUCGAGCCACCUCACACAUUUUGAACUGAUCAAAGAUGAGAGCAUGGAACAGCCCAGUACUGAAAUGAUUGUAAAACAGCGAAAAAUCAUUAAGGAAGGGGAAAUUGAUGGUAGUAUUCCACCAGUAGAAGUUGUACUUGGUAAGCAGGCUGCCAAACUCUUCACUCAUAACCAACAACCAAAAGAGAAGCAGCUGCUGCCAGUGCAACAGCAGAAAAAACAACAAUUACAACAGGCCAAUAGGAUCUCUACCCUAAAAGAUGAAAACACUGCCCUAUUGAAACAGAAUAAGCGAGGUCAUCUUCAAAAAAUGACACCUGUAAAAAUAGUUACUACAACAAAGUCUACUAGCAACAAUAAUUUUGGUACUACCCCAACAAGUACCAGUAGGCCAAGGUCAAAUAGACAACAGUUAACUUCAGUUGAAAUAAAUGCAAGAAAUGGACCAUCAAAAGCACUCGCAGGCAGAGUGAAAGCUACAGAGAGUUCAACCAUCAAGUCUCCUAAUAAACUUGUAUGUGGAACACCCCAUAUGUCUAUGCAACUACCCAGCUUGAAGAAAACUACAACACUGAGCUUACAAAUGACACCGCACAAGUUGAAUUCCAUUCCCACCUCCUCAAAUAAGAAACAAAAAAAGGAAAGAUUAUCCCCAAAUUUGAACAAUACUGUGAAAGAUGUAAAACAGAAAUUGUGGAAAGAAGGUAAGCAAAAACCAUCUCCAAGUAGUAGAAAACCACUCGGUAAAACUCCGUUAUCAAAUUUGAAUAAUAUUGCCAGAAAUGAAAAGAAAUUGGGGAAAAAAGAUGUGCAAAAAAUAUCACCAAGUAGUAGAAAAUCAUCGGAUUACACAUUACCUAAGAGGACAAAAGAACACACUCAAAUUGUUGACGAGCCAGCAAAAUACCCGCUAAAAAGGCCAUCUACUACCAAGGUUGCCAAUAGAGGUGAGAAAGUACAAUCUGCUUGUAAGACACAACCAUUCCCUAACAAGGCUAAAAUGAAGAAACCAAAAUCAACUAGUAUUCUUCUGGGAAAUGUUGGACAUAAAACUGAUGGCAACUGCGGUGAUUUGUACUCUAAGCCCAAGAAUGAGUGCAAGUACCCCAGACAUACUACUCGUAAAGUGAAAACCUCAACUAUAAAACAAAGUCAAACACCCCAGUCCAAGUUGAAGCUACACAAUGAAAGUAAUACCACCAAAGCUAGCUACCGAAAUCAUACAAGCACCAAACCUCAAUCUAAGUUCAACAAAACAGUAGCACCAUCCUCACCAGUAAUGCCAACUUUGCCUAGAUGUGAUGUAAAAACUAAUAGGGAACAACCCCUACCCCUGUCAGCACAACCUAGAGCAAAGAAACUGUUCACAUUGACUCAAACCUCACCCAGUGUUGACAAAAAAACACACCCCCGUAAAGAUACACCCAACAUAACACCAUCAAAAUAUAAAGUGGUUGCCACUACCACCCCUACUACCCGCAUACAUAAUCAAAGUAGAUCAAACAAAGGUACUACUAAAGUAGUACAAUCAAAGUCUUCUAAACUAGGAAUUAAUACACACCCUAUGCGAUUGUCCAAUAAGUCCACUUUGAGUAGUAAUACCUCUAACGAUGUUCUAUUGCAUUUAGAGGAUGUUGACCAAGAUUUGGAAACCCAAACAGAAAAUGUAGAUACUGCAGAAAUACAUACUCUCGAGCAUCAACAACAGCAACAGAAUCAGAAUUUAAACGUUAUAGUGAGAAUGCCAUCAUCAUCGCGUGAAACCACACCUAACUUGCCCAACACAGAGUGCGAGUCAUAUCCAAAAGUAGUAGAUGAUGAGGAUGGUGAUACUGCAUGUCCCAGGUAUGCGGAUCGUGUGAUCGAGUCUGAUGAUUUGGUUACAUUAAAGAGGAUCACAGUGCCACGAUUUGAAAAAAUCACACACUUGGAAGAAGAUGAUCAACAGGAUGAAACCUGCGACAAAGUACAACAGUUGCAAUCACCAACAAAGAAAUGUGAGAAGAUGCUUACACCUACGCAACAAACUACCCAUAUUAAUGUGGCCAAACGAGUUAGUCAAUUCCAGGAUGGGCAUCGUACCUUCGAUACUACCACUGAGCCACAAAUGACUUAUACCCAUCAGACCCACAGUGAUGGAAAGAAUGUACGUGAAACAAAAAAAAUAUGGGAGCAGGAGGCAGAGGCUGAUCGAAAAAAACGCAUUUGCAAAUUAACAGACACAAAUGAAAAUACAACAUUAAUAACACCUUCAUACGACUCUGAUACCAAUACUGACAAUCGAGUUACGCAUCAUAAAAUUGUAUCGAAGAAAUUGGCUGAUGAUGAUUAUAGAUUAUUUGAAGCUGAACACGCUUCAAACAUUUCCCAAGUAAAACAACAAUCAACCGAUGAAGCUGAACCGAGAGAAAAUAAAACUAAAACCUCAAAUUCAACUUACAAUCAAACACAGAAUCAGUUUCAUGUUACAAACGCGAGCAAAAUUGAAGGAGUGGAAACAUACCAGGAGGGUGGUAAACCCCUGCCAAAAACAAAGCCAAUUGUAGCGGAAAACUCAUUGACAGAGAGCACAUCCGUAACCAACUACAACUCCAAGUUUGUAACUGAUGCGACAAUAAAAGGCAAAAACGUUUGCAAUGGGACAAGUGGGAAAACAUCCGCGAGUACAAAAAGCAACCGUAUACAGCCAGAUUCUGUCGGUUUGUCUCCAAAACCAAUCAAGAUGACCACUGUAGAAAUAAAACCUAGUAAACAAUUUGACCACACCGCCAUCAUCAGAUUCGAUCAAAGAAUUGCACCAGAUGAACAGCAGCCCAAAGCAGAGUCUCGCAACUACAAUCGUAAAACCACACCCAACGAUGACAGUCGCAGUCGCAGCCGCAGUACCAGCAACAGUAGUCGCGCCACCAAGUCUUCUCCUAGUCCAACUAAGGUAGACAGCCGCAACGAGUAUCAGUCUCAACACAGUCUCAUCACACGCGGCAAUAGAAAGCUUUUCUCCGGGCAUCCUAUCAAAACCAAAGUGGCAAAAGCUGCUACACCCGAGUCACCACAUAAAGCAUCCGCAGUCAAAUCCUCGCAGCGGCUACUGCAGCACCAGACACAGACUGGAUCUCAAACCCAGCAACGAUCCACGGACACAUCCGAGGAAAAGCGCAGCAGCACAGUCACCACCACUACCACCACCACCACCACCCUUCCAAUCACAACUUCUUGGCAACAGAUGAAAGAAAUUGAAGAAAUUGAUGACUUGGAACUGCUGCAAGCUAUGUUGGAAGAAGAAACCAGAUACGAUCGAAGAAGUAAGAUUCGCGCUCAAAUUCGGGCAAUUCGUCGAGAAAUGGAGCUUCGAAUGAAGAAAUCGCCGUCUAAAAGUCCGUCGCCAGAGAAAUGGCUGUCGGCUCAAUCUAGUACACCGUUGAGUAACGUACGAGUAGACAAAACGCAGUAUGAGACUGCGACGAUGGUAGACACCGAUCGCAGAGAACGAGCGAAAAAACGCCUGUUCGCAGCGCCGACAACAACCACACCGGCUGAUUCCAAUUAUUCGGCGCAAAUGUCGAGCCACGGCACCGUUUCGUUACGUAAUUUGACUACAACCGCAACCACUUACGAAAAAAACGCAGACAAUACGAACGCGAUAAACAGCGGUACUCGCGCACCGACGAAAACCCAUUCGACUACAAAAUCGGCGAACGCCGACUCGAUUCGCAGCAGCAACAGCGCUUCCACUUCCACUUCCGCUUCCGUUUACUGUUCUCGAACUGCGAUGGUGAGAAGCUACGAUAAAGAUGGAAAAGUAUCCGUUUUACAGGAACAAAUCGACGGACAAAUUGUCGCGAAGAAUGGUCGAGAACCGGUAGGCCGUAUAACGCACACCAGAAUCGGUUACGAAACGGCGGCGAAAUCGCGACGCUCUGUCUCACCUACGACUCCGACGCCGACGUCGACGCCGACGCAGCGCCGAAUCUCUGGCCAACGAAACUCGAACUCGACCUCGACCGCCAAGGGACUUUCUUCUACGAGUAGUUUAAUACGUAAACUAUCGAACGAACGUUUCGAAAAAGCUCAACGAAAAUUCAACGGAAACUGCGACAUGGGCGGCGCCGGCGACGAUACGCCGAAUAGCAGCCGUCGCGAUUCCACUCGUACGACGAACAAUGCCAUUGCCACCACUAUCUACACGGAGCACGGACACCGUUCGCCACCGCCGCCGCCGCCGCCGCCGACCAAACACCACUACGACCACUAUGAUGACCACUACGAUGCCGAUGCUACAGCUGACGUACAAACUCGAAAUUACCUCGCUCAGCGAACGCAAAAUGCUGGAUACAAUGAAGAAGCCAAUCAAACGACGAUAGCCAGCCAUACGCAUACGCAAACGCAUACGCAGCGUAGUAAUAUCACCUACGAAACGACUUGGUCGUCAUCGUCAUCGUCGUCGUUAUCGCAGCGACAAGAGUACCGCGGCGACCAAACAAAUAGAGAGGAAAACAUCGAGAGCGACUCUUACAGGAGCGGACUGGCUGUGAAAGACGGCGUCGCAGAUAGCAUCGCGGCACUUGACCAUCAUCAGCAGACGACGUUGGAUGAAAGUGGUCGGUACUGCGGGAAUGAUACCGCAGCCAAUCGGCAAUCACGCGUAGUACAGACGCAGACGCAGACGCAGACACCGCCAUCGCUGAUAUCAUCGACACCAGCAGCCGUAUCGCUGAAAUCGUACAUCGACUACGCGGGUCAACGCUCACGCGACGUCCGCAGCCAAAGUGCGUCGACGGUCGCACACGCAACUGCAACUGCAGUCAAAACAUCAUCAUCUGUAAGCCUGUCACGUAACGCAAUGGCAACCACCGACCCUGAUUCUGCCACUCAAACUACGGAACCGGAUUCGGCAGAAAGAGUUAUUGAUACGUCGUCGUCGUCGUCGCCGACAACCUUUGAAACUCGCCGCCAACAGACUGAAAGCCGGCUCGCCGCUUCCGCUUCCAUCGCAUCCAAACAAGAUUACACCACCACCACCACCACCACCUCCUCCUCAUCCAGUCACACUGUCGAAAGUAAAUGCGCAACCGAAACUAGCACCCGUACACGCACCAGCGCAACCAGUACCACAAAUUCCAGCCGUAUUCAUAAAGCCAACAGUGUAACGUCGCCAUUCGCUAAAUUUCGACAACUGGACAGGCAGAACUCUUUGCCAAGUUCUGCAAAUGCGGCGGCGGCGGCAACGACGACCACCACAACUACACGCACUAGUAUAUUGAACUUUGCCGAUUCAAACCUAACCAGAAGCGCUUCGAGUAUCAAAGAUCGACUGCUGAACUGGGUCAAAGCUCAAACCAGAGAUUAUCAGAACGUUCAAAUCGAUAAUUUUUCAACGAGCUGGAAUAACGGCUUGGCGUUUUGCGCUCUCAUUCAUCAUUUCUGUCCUUACGCUUUCGAUUACGAUAAACUGACGCCGCAGCAACGAAGAUAUAAUUUCGAAUUGGCAUUUAGAAUUGCAGAACAAGAAGCGGGUAUAGUUCCUCUAUUGGACGUUGACGACAUGGUCAUUAUGAAACGACCAGACUGGAAAUGCGUUUUCACUUACGUUCAGACCAUUUAUCAGCGCUUCUACGCCAGCCCCGAAGCGAAUGCACUUUGAAGCUCGAACGCGUCGCCGGCGCCGUGCCUGUACCUUCUGUACCUGAUGGCUGAUACCUACUCGCAUCUCGUGUAUUAAUUAUCACCUAUUAUACAUAUAUGUACAUAUCAGCUGUACGCUAUAAUUCUCAUUUUCUUGUCUUCCGACUGUGAUUUCUUACCUUACCUACUCCUACUCCUACUUCUACGAGUACUUCAAGUACAUAAAAGUAUCUAGGUACUGUUACCUACACCAUACACGUAACUGCAUACAGUACAUUAUGUGCCCACUGCCUGGCACCUAGCUCAGAAAUAUCGAGCAUCCCAAACACGACAGUUUCAAUAUUACAUUGGUACUACUGUCGUUUAUUAUUGCUGUUCAGUGUUCAGUGUUCACUGCGAUGUACAAGUACAAUGUACAUGUAUUUGACGUCAGUGCUCGCGCUCGAGCUCGAUAUUUCUGCGCACGUUGUACCUAUAUGUACCCUAUACACUAUACCUAAAUACCUACCUACUUUCUAAGUAAUCUACGUACAUCUACGUAUAAUGUAUUAAACGACCCAAUUACCAAUGUAGCCUAUGUUUAAUAAUAUGUAUACCUAUGGACCAACCUACUAACUUUGUAACGCAAUGAAAAUGUUAAUACGCGACGCAACGCGACCAAAAUCAGUAAGUUACUCGUACAUAAAUUUACACAACUUACCUACUACAUACAUAAAAUAGCCGAUAUUUCGUCUUAAUUUCUACGAAUGUGCCUAUAAGUAUUACCAAGUUACAAAUAUGUAGCUAUAGCUACACUGACAAUUUACGAGUACAUACUACAUACUACGUGUACGUACAUACACGUGACAUGUAGUAAUGGGCAUUGAUGCGAGCACUUAGGUAUGUAAUGUACUUCGGACGAGAGUGACGUUCAGCUUUCAGCGUCACAUUUUUUUUCAAAAAGUCUAAUCGCAGAUACUUUUUCUUCUCUUCCUCACAACGACCGUGCCUAAUGCCCAUGUCUACGCUCAUCUGUCUAUCUACCAACCAAUCCUAUACUAUACAUACUUACCCGCGAGUAUAUACCUAUUCUUAAAUUUACUUACUUACACGUAAUUUCUAAUCUAGUCGUAAAAGUAAUUUCAUUGUACUCGUGACCGACCUAAAUCAUUCGUGUUUUUAUUUAUAUUUUCAAAUAUACGUACGUGUAUACGGAAACAA